AUGUCUAGAUCAUCUCAAUCUUUGCAUGAUAGGCAUAUUACGAUCUUUUCACCUGAAGGUAAACUUUAUCAAAUAGAAUAUACCUUCAGAGCCGUAAAGAACUCAAACUUAACAGCCGUUGCUAUAAAGGGUAAAGAUACUGUAUGCAUUGUAUGCGAAAAAAAGGUCCCAAAUCAACAAGGCCAGCAAGAUAAGCUUCUAGACCCUUCUUAUGUUACAUCUUUGUACAAAGUAAGAAAGCAUAUUGGGGCAGUAAUGCUUGGGCUGGCUCCCGAUUGUAGAUCACUUAUUUCAAAAUGUAGAGAAAUUGCUGGGAAAUUUUCCUUCGAAAAAGGGACUGAGAUUCCUGUUUCAUUUUUGUCACACAAAAUUGCAGAUGUAAAUCAACUAUAUACUCAACAUGCAUCUAUGAGGUUAUUGGGUGCUUCUGGGAUGCUUAUUUCAAUAGAUGAUGAAGAUGGGCCUUCACUAUACAAGAUAGACCCAGCUGGGUACUUUGCAUCAUACAGAGCAUGUGCAGUUGGUACAAAAGAGAGAGAGGGAAAUAAUGCAUUGGAGAAGAUUAUUAAGAACGAGCCUUUAAACAACUGCAAAGAGGUCAUUUCCGCAAGUAUUGACUGCCUGAAAACACUACUUGGAGUGGAUUUCAAAGCUGAAGACAUAGAAGUAGGAGUUGUAACAAAAGACAUGCCUGAAUUUAGACUAUUAAAUAUUGAGGAAAUUGAUAAUUACCUAAAUAGUAUCGCUGAAAGGGAUUAG